GUAACAGCCAACAACGAACAAUUCUUCCACAUUUACCUACACAACAUCCCACGAUUCGAUCAGAAUGGCUGCUCUCCUGAAGAAACCCUUGAAGCUUGCUCUUGUGCAACUGGCAUCAGGCACGGACAAAGCCGCCAAUUUGGCCCAUGCCCGGUCCAAAGUUGUAGAGGCUGCCAAAGCCGGAGCAAAUCUGAUCGUUCUCCCGGAAUGCUUCAAUUCUCCCUACGGCACUCAAUAUUUUCCUCAAUAUGCUGAAACCAUCCUCCCCUCCCCUCCCUCCAAGGACAAAUCGCCAUCGUGGCACAUGCUGUCAUCUGUUGCCGCAGAGACGAAAACAUAUCUUGUCGGCGGAAGCAUACCAGAAUUUGUACCCGAGACCAAGCAACUAUUUAACACCUCGUUGGUGUUUUCGCCAAGUGGAGAUCUCCUCGCAACUCACCGCAAGACCCAUCUAUUUGACAUAGAUAUUCCUGGAAAGAUAAAAUUCAAAGAAAGUGAAGUUCUUUCUCCAGGGAAUAAAGUCACUAUUUUGGAUCUUCCUGAAUAUGGUAAGAUCGGUCUUGCCAUCUGCUAUGAUGUCCGCUUCCCGGAACUGGCUAUGGUCGCCGCAAGAAAGGGUGUGUUUCUGUUUGUCUAUCCGGGAGCAUUCAACACAACAACAGGCCCCAUGCAUUGGGCGCUACAGGCUCGUGCAAGAGCCAUGGACAACCAGAUAUAUGUUGCAAUGUGCAGUCCUGCACGAGAUCUCCAAGCGUCAUACCAUGCUUAUGGACAUUCUAUGGUGGUCAACCCUAAUGCAGAGGUUCUGUCAGAAGCGCAAGAGUCUGAGGACAUCAUCUAUGCCAAUCUUGACGAGAACAAGAUCGAGGAAACUCGAAAAGGCAUUCCAAUUUAUACCCAAAGGAGAUUCGACGUCUAUCCUGAUGUGAGUGCUGGGAAGGUUAGCUAUAAGGACGAAACAGAUCACUCUUAGCUUCUGCACCAGAGCAAUUUUGUAACUCAUAUCUUAGAGGUCAAUCCGAGAGACUUUUUCAAAUA